AUGACGGACCCUAACAAUGUGGCGCAAUACAAAUAUUCGGCGAUGAGCAACUUGGUGCUUCAAGCCGAUCGCCGAUUUAUAACGCGCCCUGGAGAUGAUGCGACCGGUGACCCAGAGUCCCUCGCAGGGAGAAUAAAUAUAAGAGAUAUGGGAUCACGAGUCGCUCGCGAUACGGCACCAAAGACCAAGAAGGCUGCAGUUGCUGAGGUUGGUGUCGAGAGAGGUGGCAUUCGUGAAGGUGCCGAUGUUCUAGAACGCGAGCAGCGUAAGCGCAAACGUGGCGAACAGGAUCAACUUCGCGGUGCUGGUAUUCUCUCAGCUGCCGAUAUGCUCAUUGAGGGCUUGAAGUAUCGGCCCAGGACACCCGCUACGAGGGCGACUUACGAUCUUAUUCUUACCAUGACGGCCAGUCAUCUCGGCGACGUACCGCAUGAGGUUGUGCGAAGCGCAGCAGACGCUAUCCUAGAAACGCUCAAGGACGAAGAUAUGAAGGAUUUUGAUAAAAAGAAAGACAUUGAUGAUCUACUUGGGUCUACUAUGAACCCCAAAGAGUUCAAUGAACUGGUUAACCUGGGUAAGAAGAUCACCGACUACGAUGCACAGGACGAGGACGAAAACAUGGAAGACGGACUCGGUGGCGAAAAUGAAGCGGAACUGGACGAGAGACAAGGUGUCGCUGUUGUCUUCGACGAGUCCGAUGAGGACGAAGAAGGCUUGCGCGGUAUCAACGAAGUCCGCGAUGAAGAUGAGUCGGAUGAAGAAGCCUCAGACGUUGAGGACCGACCGGGAGCAGAGGAAGUUGCUACUGCCGGCGGAGCUGCUGAAGAUCGCACGGAUCUGGAUGGCGAUGAAGAAAUGAUUAUUGAUGGCGGUAGGAUAGGCGAUGCCAAAGUAUCUGCUGCCGAAAAACACAUAAUCCCAGUGCGAGAAAUCGAUGCCUACUGGUUACAGCGUCAGAUCAGCACCAUAUUUCCGGAUGAGCAUCAGGCAACCGAGGCUGCCCGAUCUUCCUUGGAACUCUUAAGUGGCAAAGAGGAGGAUGGAAACGAACGCCAGUUGCGUGAUAUUGAAAACGACUUGAUGGAGCUGUUCGACUAUGAACAUCCUGACCUGGUAGCAAAAUUUGUCAAAAACAAAGACAGAAUCGUCUGGACGACAAAGUGGAGGAGGUUGGCAGAGAACGAUGAUGCUCGUCUCUCUCUCGAGAAUGAAAUGGUCGAAGCCGGCCACCGUGAUAUUUUAGACGAGAUUCACGGGCGAACGACUGCUGCUGACGAGGCUCAGCGACCAGGGAAAAAGAUAAAAAUGGAUCUGAUGGAUGUUGAUGUCCCAGCUACCGCUGUUAAGCAGGAAGAAGCGAAAGCUCCUUUAAGCAGCCUACUGCCAACACGCCUAGUGAACCUCGAGUCCUUGAAAUUCGAACAAGGGAAUCAUCUCAUGACAAAUCCAAACGUGAAACUUCCCCAGGGUUCUACAAAACGAACUUUCAAGGGGUAUGAGGAGAUUCAUGUUCCCCCUCCAAAGCCGAGACGCGAUCCCGGCGAGAAAAAUAUUCCAACAUCCGAGUUACCUGAUUGGGCCCGGGUUGGUUUUGGUACAUCGAAAGAGCUGAAUCGGGUACAGACAAAGUGCUAUCCUACUGCCUUCCAUGACGAUGGCAACAUGCUUGUUUGCGCCCCAACCGGCUCCGGAAAAACCAAUGUCGCCAUGCUCACGAUUCUUCGUGAAAUUGGUAAGAACCGAAACCCAGACACGGGAGAAAUCAUGCUGGACGACUUUAAAAUCGUCUACAUCGCCCCCCUCAAAGCUUUGGUUCAAGAGCAGGUCGGAAACUUUGGUAAGCGUCUGGAGCCAUAUGGCAUCCGCGUAUCCGAGUUGACUGGUGAUCGCCAACUUACCAAGCAGCAAAUUGCCGAUACUCAAAUCAUUGUCACAACGCCGGAAAAAUGGGACAUCAUCACUCGCAAAGCAACAGAUUCUAGCUACACAAAGCUUGUACGUCUUCUCAUCAUUGACGAAAUUCACUUGUUGCACGACGAUCGAGGUCCUGUCUUGGAAGCUGUUGUUAGUCGCACCCUUCGCCAGAAUGAGACUACCGAUGAGCCUACCAGAAUUGUUGGUCUUUCGGCCACUCUGCCGAACUAUCGCGAUGUGGCUAGCUUCUUGCGUGUGGACGCCACGAAGGCACUGUUCCAUUUUGAUGGUUCCUAUCGCCCUUGCCCUCUUAGACAGGAAUUUAUUGGCGUGAGUGACAAGAAGGCAAUCAAACAGUUGAAGACCAUGAACGAAGUCUGCUACAACAAGGUUCUGGAAAAUUGCGCCAAAGGUCAUCAAAUGCUCAUUUUCGUACAUUCGCGCAAAGAAACUGCCAAAACAGCCCGGUACAUCCGAGACAAAGCUGUCGAGAUGGAGACAAUUGGCCAGGUGUUGCGAAGUGACGCAGCCAGCAGACAAAUCUUGGCAGAGGAAGCCGAGAGCGUCGAUGAUGCCGCUCUGAAAGACAUUCUGCCGUAUGGAUUUGGUAUUCAUCAUGCCGGACUGUCACUUGCAGACAGAGAUUCAGUGGCAAGUUUAUUUAGCGACGGUAGUAUCCAAGUACUUGUUUGUACGGCAACCUUAGCCUGGGGUGUUAAUUUGCCUGCCCAUACUGUUUUGAUCAAAGGUACACAAGUAUACUCUCCAGAGCAUGGAUCUUUUGUGCAAUUGAGCCCUCAGGAUACCCUACAAAUGCUUGGCCGAGCAGGACGUCCGCAGUAUGAUACAGAGGGACUUGGAACAAUUAUUACCACCCAGAAUGAGCUGCAGUUUUACCUCUCGCUUCUGAAUCAACAGCUUCCGAUUGAGAGUCAGCUGAUCAGUAAACUUGCCGACAAUCUGAACGCUGAGAUCGUGCUUGGCAAUGUGAGAAAUCGCACCGAAGGUGUGGAAUGGUUAGGCUAUUCCUAUCUUUAUGUACGAAUGCUACGGUCGCCAGGAUUAUAUAGUGUUGGUGCCGAUUAUGCAGAUGAUGAGACCUUGGAACAAAAGCGAGUGGAUCUUAUACACUCUGCUGCUACUCUACUUGAAAAAGCCGGUCUCGUCAAGUAUGACAAGAAGAUUGGCAAGCUUCAGUCUACAGAGCUCGGACGCAUCGCUUCCCAUUACUACAUCAGCCACAGCUCAAUGCAAAUCUAUAACCAUCAUCUUCAGCCAGGCAUCAGCACUGUUGAGCUCUUCCGGAUCUUCUCUCUCAGCGAGGAGUUCAAGUACAUUCCAGUUCGACAGGAUGAGAAGCUGGAGCUUGCUAAGCUACUCGGCCGCGUGCCUGUGCCUGUCAAAGAAGGCAUCGAGGAACCGCACGCAAAGAUCAACGUUCUUCUUCAAGCGUUCAUCUCACGGCUAAAACUUGAAGGCCUCGCAUUGAUGGCAGACUUGGUAUAUGUUACCCAGUCGGCUGGUCGAAUUCUUCGUGCUAUCUUUGAGAUUUGCCUGAAAAAGGGCUGGUCAUCUGUUGCAAAGAUCGCCUUGAAUCUGUGCAAAAUGGCAGAGAAACGAAUGUGGCCGACAAUGACACCACUACGGCAAUUUCCAGCAUGUCCUCGAGACAUCAUGCAAAAAGCCGAGAGAAUCGAUGUUCCCUGGCAAAGCUAUUUCGAUCUCGAUCCUCCACGAAUGGGCGAGCUUCUUGGCAUGCCCAAGGCAGGUCGUAUUGUAUGCGACCUGGUCUCCAAGUUCCCGCGCCUAGAAGUUCAGGCACAGGUUCAGCCCAUGACUAGAUCGCUGCUUCGGGUCGAACUGACUAUCACCCCAAACUUUGUUUGGGAUGACUCCGUACACGGUGCGGCAGAAAGCUUCUGGGUUAUUAUCGAGGAUUGCGAUGGAGAAGAGAUCCUUUUCCACGACCAAUUUAUUCUUCGUAAAGAAUACGCUCAGGGUGAAGUCACUGACCACAUCAUGGAGUUCACUGUUCCCAUCUCUGACCCAAUACCUCCUCACUACUUCUUGCAAAUUAUGUCCGAUCGCUGGAUGCAUUCGGAGACGAAGGUAGCGGUGUCUUUCCAGAAGCUCAUUCUUCCAGAGCGAUUCCCACCUCAUACGCCAUUACUAGACAUUCAACGAGUGCCUGUCCAAGCCUUGAAACGGGACGAUUUCAAGGGUCUUUAUCCUGACUGGCAGACGUUCAAUCGCAUUCAGAGCCAAGCUUUCAAGAGUCUAUUUGAAUCCGAUGAAGCUGUUUUACUCGCUGCUCCAGCAGGAAGUGGGAAGACUGUGUGCGCUGAAUUAGCAUUGCUCCGCCAUUGGUCGCAGCCCAACAAAGGACGUGCAGUCUACAUUGCUCCUUUCCAGGAGUUAGUUGACCUGCGAUACAUUGACUGGACGAAACGCCUAAGUUCAAUUGCUGGAGGGAAGACAAUUGUAAAACUCACCGGUGAGACUACUGCAGACCUGAAGCUCUUAGAGUCUGCGGAUUUGGUGCUUGCCACUCCUGUUCAAUGGGAUGUUUUAUCGCGCCAAUGGCAGCGGAGAAAGAAUAUCCAAUCAGUCGACUUAUUUAUUGCGGACGAACUGCACAUGAUUGGCGGUUACCUGGGCUAUACCUACGAAAUCAUCGUGAGUAGGAUGCAGUUCAUCAAGCUACAAAUCGAAAGCGAGCUGCGGAUUAUCGGCCUGAGUGUUCCGUUGUCUAACGCUCGUGAUAUUGGCGAGUGGAUCGGAGCUAACCGCCAUUCUAUAUUGAACUUUAGUCCAAGCGCUCGGCCCAUCCCACUGGAUUUGCAUAUUCAGUCUUACAAUAUUCCUCACUUUCCUUCCCUCAUGAUGGCUAUGGCUAAACCUGUCUAUCACGCGAUAGCCAACCAACUUUCGCCUGAUAAGCCCGCUCUAGUAUUCGUCCCCAGUCGUAAACAGGUCCGUUCCACAGCAGUGGAUAUAUUGGCUGCCUGUGUUGCAGAUGACAAUGAAGACCGUUUUUUGCAUGCUGACGUUGACCAAAUUUCUCCUCUCUUGGAACGACUGCACGAGCGGACAUUGGCCGAGUCUAUUUCACAUGGAGUUGGUUAUUACCAUGAAGCAUUAAGCACUAAUGAUAAGCGGAUUGUAUCCCACCUGUUCAACAUUGGUGCCAUCCAGGUCAUGCUAGCUUCUAGGGAUGUCUGCUGGGAGAUUGACUUUACUGCCCAUCUUGUUAUCGUCAUGGGCACGCAAUUUUUCGAAGGUAGAGAGCAUCGUUACAUCGACUACCCUAUUAGUGAGAUUCUUCAGAUGUUUGGCAAAGCCUCACGUCCUGGCCAGGACAAGAUCGGGCGUGGUCUGCUGAUGGUAUCUGAAACUAAACGAGCAUAUUACAGAAGGUUCCUGACCGAGGCACUCCCACUGGAGUCGGGACUUUCUUUGACACUCCAUGAUGCAUUUGUCACUGAGAUUAGCACUCGCACAAUUAGCUCUACACAGGAUGCGGUGGAUUGGAUGACAUACACUUACUUCUACCGACGCCUUCUUGCAAACCCUAGUUUCUAUGGUUUAACCGACGUUAGCCAUGAGGGUUUGAGUACGUUCCUCUCCGAACUUGUUGAGAACACGUUGAAGGAGCUUUCAGAAGCGAAGAUUAUCGACCUUGAUGAGGAAGACGAUAGCAUCUCCCCCUUGAAUGCAGCCAUGAUAUCUGCAUACUACAAUAUCUCCUUUAUCACCAUGCAGACCUUCCUCCUGUCAUUAUCCGCCCGCACGAAGCUCAAGGGAAUAUUGGAGAUUGUUACAUCUGCAACCGAGUUUGAGUCAAUUCAAAUGCGCCGCCACGAAGAUCACAUUUUAAGACGUGUCUAUGACCGUGUUCCUGUCAAGAUGGCAGAACCUGCUUAUGACUCCCCUCACUUCAAAGCGUUUGUUCUUCUUCAAGCUCACUUCUCUCGAAUGCAACUGCCUAUUGAUCUUGCUAAAGACCAAGAGGUCAUUGUUAGCAAGGUUCUGAACCUUCUCAGUGCUUGUGUAGACGUCCUAUCAUCGGAGGGUCACCUGAAUGCCAUGAACGCCAUGGAGAUGUCUCAGAUGACCGUUCAAGCAAUGUGGGACCGUGACAGUCCUUUGAAGCAGAUCCCACACUUCACGCCUGAAGUUGUUCAGGUGGCGAAUGAAUACAAGAUCAAUGACAUCUUCGAGUUCAUGGAAGCCAUGGACCCCUCUGAAAAUAAAGACUACGCAGCCUUUGUCAAGCGCCUUGGAUUGGACAACAAACAACUAACACAAGCUGCCAACUUCACCAACGAGAAAUAUCCAAACGUGGAACUGGAUUUCCAGGUUGAAGAUCCCGAUAGUAUCACUGCGGGUGAACCAGCUUACCUCAAUAUCAAGGUGGAACGCGAUGUCGAGGAGGACGAAGAACCGGACACGACAGUUCAUGCGCCAUACUAUCCCAGCAAGAAGAUGGAGAAUUGGUGGUUGGUGGUUGGUGAGGAGAAGACGAAGAGUCUUCUUGCUAUCAAGCGUGUCACUGUUGGCCGUCGUCUGGAGACGCGUCUCGAAUAUAUUGUGCCCACGGCUGGCGAGCAUGAGUUGACACUGUAUCUCAUGAGUGACAGUUACGUUGGUGUUGAUCAGGAUCCUACGUUUACCGUCACUGCCGCCGAGGGUAUGGAUGAGGACGAGAGCGAAGAGGGAGAGGAGGUUCUCCUCUCCGCUCCGCGACGAUCUGUCGCUAUUCCUAAUCCCACCGGUACGCUUGCCGCUUAUACCCAGACAGCAUACUCCUUCAGCUCCCACUCCUCAACCAGCGAAAUCCGUGUCAUCGACCUUGAAUCAAGCGAAAGCACAGUUGUCACGAAUGAAGCUGGUGCUAGCAACCCCCAGUGGCUCGGCGAUGGAGAUUUGCUCGUCUGGUUGAAGGAGAAAGAUAAUGGGAACACGAGCUUUGUGAUCAGCGACGCUCGUGACCCUGGUCGAUCCUACACCGCAGGCACAGUACCGGGGCCUGUUUCUGAUUUGAAGGUGACGAAGCUGGAGUCAGGCAAGUUCGGAUUCGUGGUCUCCGGUAAAGCAAAUCCCGAUGGAAGUUUGUACAACCCGAAGGACGCGAAGAAGCCGCACAGCAGUGGACGAUACUAUACGUCGAUUUGGGUUCGACACUGGGACACGUAUGUCGAAUCGCAAAAAAAUUCUUUGUGGUAUGGUGUCUUGCAGAAUUCGCCGUCUGCAUUGUCCGAUAAGGAGAAGAGGUACUCAGCUACUGGGUUAACCAACUUGCUUGCUGUUUCCGGCCUCACUGAUGUCGAGGCACCAAUCCCGCCAUUCGGUGGUACUGGUGACUUUGACAUUAGUCCGGAUGCUGUUGUUUUUAUUGCAAAAGACCCUGCCGUGAACCCUGCGACACACACGGCCUGUGUCUGUUACUAUUGUCCGAUGAUGUCGUGGACUGACUUCAGCGCGCGCGAAGCCAAGAUUUGUUCAGUCAAGGGUCUUGAGGGCGCCAUGAGCUCACCUGCUUUGUCAAAGGAUGGUAGCUCAAUUGUGUUUUUGGCAAUGGAGAAAGAUGGCCACGAAGCUGACAAGAACCGAAUCAUCUUUGUACCCAAUCCAUGGAGCGGUGAAUUACUUGAAGUAUUCAAAUCCGAAGACGGGAAAGGACAGUGGAACUUGAGUCCUAGUUCAGUUUCCUGGUCUCAAGACAACAAGUCAUUGCUCAUUACGGUCGAGGAGAAAGGCCGUGGUGUGCUUUACCAGCUUCCACUCGACAACAUUCUAUCUGCGAAGCCAGAGAGUCUGAAGAAGCUAACCAGUACAGGCACUGUCACAGGCGUCUCUCCGUUGUCAGCGGACUCUCAACAGCUUCUCGUCUCAAGCAGCAACUUGAUAGAAAGCAGCGUUUACACGAUCAUUGACCCCGAUUCUCCCGACCAAGCAAAACUGUUGUCAUCUGCUAAUAAGGGUGGAGCAUCGCUCGGCCUUUCACGCUCCCAGGUUGACGAAAUAUGGUACAAAGGUGAAAAUGGUCAACCCAUCCAUGCUUUCGUCGUGAAGCCAUCAAACUUCAAUCCAGACGAGAAGUAUCCACUUGCCUUCCUGGUGCACGGCGGACCUGAAUCUGCCUGGAAUGAUGCGUGGAGUACCAGGUGGAACCCCGCAGUCUUUGCUGAACAGGGGUAUGUGGUGGUCACGCCGAACCCAACUGGCAGUACAGGCUAUGGCCAGGAGUUUACGGAUGCUAUCAAAGGCAGCUGGGGCGGUUUGCCCUACCUUGACUUAGAAAGAGGAUUCGACUAUAUAAGCAAGAACCUGAAAUACGUCGAUAUCGAGCGGGCAGUGGCGCUCGGCGCGUCAUACGGCGGAUACAUGAUGAACUGGAUACAGGGACAGCCCCUUGGCCGUAAAUUCAAGGCUCUCGUCACCCACGACGGUGUCUUCAGCAUGGUCUCGCAACUGGCCAGCGAAGAACAGUACUUCCCUCUUGCAGAUUUGACAGGACCCCUAUGGAAAGUGCCUGAACAGUGGCAGAAAUGGGAUCCUUCUCGAUUCACAGCAAACUGGGCAACACCACAUCUCAUUAUCCACAACGAACUUGAUUAUCGAUUGACAAUAGCUGAGGGACUGGCAGCUUUCAACGUUUUGCAGAUGAAGGGUAUCGACAGUGCGUUUUUGACUUUUCCGGAUGAGAACCACUGGGUCUUGAAGCCUGAAAACUCCCUUGUUUGGCACUAUGCGGUCAUCAACUGGAUCAAUAAAUACGCAGGAUUGCCGCAGAUUUCGACAACUCAUCACGAAGCUGUCUUUUCGGCCGACAAAGAUUACAAGAGGGUCACCAACGUACCCCUGAGAUAA